AUGCCUCGCCGCCAGCGGGCGGCGAUGUCGUCGGAAUCGGAUGAUGCUAGUGCGCCGGAGUGGGGAUCGGAGGAUGAGGAUGACGAUGACGAGAUAGCUGCACAGGGGGCAGCCGCAGCGACUUUGGCGGCGGGGUUACCGAUCAAGCUCGUGAUCGACACCAAGACUCAGAAGGUGCGGUUCGCCGAGGCCGGAAGCGACGUCGUGGAGUUCCUCACCGGCCUCCUGUCCCUGCCGCUGGGCACCGUCGUCGACCUGCUGACCAAGGAGCGCAUGGUCGGCAGCAUCGGCAACGUCCUCGGCAGCGUGGAGAAGAUGGACGCCGGCUACAAGGGCAAGGAGCGGCGCCUCAGCCCGGCCGUCACCCCCGCCGCGCUCUCCCGCCUGCAGCAGCUGCUGAGCGCGCACCUCAUCAACGGCCGAACCUGCUGCCAUUGCACCAGUUCCACGUACAAUGCUGCCGCCGCGGGAACAUCCACGACGCCGUCGCUACCCACGGCCACGUACACUGUCGGGGACGACCUCUCGGUGACUCCGGCUUCUUUUUUCACGACCAUGUCGCUUCUGGGCAUCGCGCAGUUCGCACAAUUUGGUGGCGAGGACCUCAGCACGCUGCAGGAGAAAACCGUGAAGAUCGGCAAGGAAGAGGCGCUGAGGAUACUCGCUGCUUCCCUCCAGUCCAAGACCGUGCUGACGGAUGUCUUCCUCAAGAGUCAAGAGUGA